AAAAACAUAGAAUUUGGUAAUUAUUCGAAGUUAGACAUGCCUCAAAGCGCACCGUAUCGUAACCUGGCCUUUCUACGACCGUAACUCAUAACUCUGUCGACCUCCAGCCACUGAUUAUCGACAUGAGGCUGCUAUACUUCCUCCUAGCAGCCCUCCCUUUCCUACUAUGCUACUCCUCUCGUGCCGCGUCGCAGGUGCUCGAUGCACCCGGCGGUGCAAUUGGCGGCGACGGCGGGAUCGAACGAGCCAUGUCGCUGUAUCGGGCGUGGGAGGACAUCUACGGUUUGAAACCCGCCAAACACCUUCCCCCCGCCAACGUCUCCCUUCCGCCCAACGUGCCCCCCGCGCCCCACCUGGAGGACUGCGCGGCGCGCACGGCCUUCCGCCAGGCCGCGGAGCAGCGCGGGGCGAACGGGGAGCCCCCCGCGUGGACGCGCCCCAGCAACUGCUGCGGCUGCAACCCGCAACCACCGUGGGUGCGCGGAUCUGACGCGGGCAACCUGGCGCUAACACGCGUGGUGCAGAGGGACCUGUGGGAGCACCAGUUCCCCGCCUCCUGCGCUGGCAAGCGCCUUCUUAUUGUCGACUGGCCCAAACCGCUCCCUGCUGACGCUGCUGCUGCUGAUGGUGCUGCUGCCGCCGCUGGUGCUGCUGGUGUGGCUAGUACUGGGUCGGACCUUCCGUUGCUGCUGCAGUGGGCGGCAGCAGCGCUAGGGCUGGCCGUGCGGUUUAAUCGUGUGCUUGUAUUCAGGGGCGCUUUCCCCCCAGCCAAACACGGGCAGUGCAACGACCUAUCGGCGCCGGCAGCCCUGCACUGCUACUUUCUGGCCUCCGUGUCGCAAGACUGCGAGCGCGCAGCCCUGGACGCAGCAGCCGCCAGCACCAGCACGGUGCCGCCGUGCGUGGACAUGGGGGCAGGGGGAGAGGGAGGCGCGGAGGGAGAGGCGGUGAUGAAGGGGCAGGAGGCAGUGGUGUGUGUCAAAGGGGGCUCGCUGGGGGUCGUGAGGGGCGCAGACUUGCUGGGAAGACAGGCAGGCGCUGCUGAUCGAUGGGGCAAGGCGUACCAGCAGCGGGCGAGUCUGUUAGAGGUGGAGGGGGUGCUCAGGAACGACGAUGCAACACUCAAGGCCUACUGGUGGCAGGCCCAGGCCGUGCGCUUCCUCCUGCGCUGGCCCUCCGGCUACCUCUGCCACGCCACCAACCGCAUGCGCCACUCCGCCUACGGGCUGCGCGUGGCCACCCACCUGCUGCUCUCGCACGCACAGCAGAGCGCCAUAAUCCGCAACGUGGCGAAUCCCGACGGCACACCGGAGAACAUCAACAAGAUCAACGGCUCAGAAGAGGCCGUGGCGUUAGCCAGGCUGAAUUUCACGUCGCCGCCGAAUUUGCACGUGCGGGCGUGGCCUGGGGAGGGGUUUGCAGGGUGUGCUGCGGCGGAGGGGUUGAGUGGGAAAGUGGAGGAGGAUGAGGCGUUUGUGAAGUCAGCGGUGGGGAGGACGAGGACGAUAGUGAACAGCGACUAUGAGGGGGUGGGAGGGGAGGUGUACGUGAUGCGGCCAAUCGUGAGCGUACAGCUGGCGCUGAGUGGGGACAGAGGAGGGGGAGGUGGAGGGGUGGGUGUUGCUUCAGGAGAGCUGGUGGGGGAGGAGAGGUGGGGGGUGAUGCUGAGUGCGGUGAUGGGGUUUGUGCAUCGGUUGCGGUUGAUUGUCCCUGAUAUGAGAUACGUGUGGCUGAGCACCCUGGCUCAGUCGGUGAUUGAGGAGUCGCACCACCAUCCUGACUGGACCUUCAUUUUCUCGCAAAACGCGCGCUUGCAACGCGACCACGCCUUUUCUGAUUAUGAGAAGGCGGUGGGGUUACCGGAGGUAACCAGCAGUCGCCUAGCUACACUACUGAUUGCGUCGGAGGGUGAUUUUUUUGUGGGAGCCAAGGGGUCUGCUUGGCAUGGCUUGAUGAAUGGAUUGCGAGCCACAAAUGGUCGGGUUUUUGCGGGCCAUGUUACAUUGGACCUAGAAGAACAAUGAAUUGGCCUAAUGUGACCUACAGUCGCAUAAGUUUUCUGAGCACUGCAUGUUUCUGAAAUUCCAUAAUAAGCGUGGAUCCCAAAACCC